CCAGUAGAAGAAAUGAGGAAUCGCAUUUGGCAAUUGGAGAGUGGUAAAAAUACAUUAUUAUUUAUGUAUUUAUACGUUCUUCAGCGCAUUUAAUUUAACUUGUCGAUAUAACCAAUUCAAAUUGGCCACACAUUCUGUUAUCUUUAUCAACAUGAUAGUUCCGUAACUGUCCGCCGCCAAAUUUGAAAUCCUGCGUGUGCAACCUUUUUUCGACGAGUAGUAGUUUGGUGUACAAUACAAACUAAAGGCUUCUAUGCGGUACAUGGUACUGGUGUCAAUGCUGCUUAUUUGAUCAGCAUCCAGCCAUGAAAUGCCGUGAAGCGUCUUCCCAGAAUGAUGUGUUUGAUGGCUGAGUCAGGAACAGCUAGACAUGUCAAAAUAGCACCGACAUUCCGCUGUAGAACUCGACAGUUUGAGAGAAACGAUGCUAUUAAGCUUCACCAACUCACGAACAGCCCAAGUCAGGGAAAUGCUGCGGCUGAUCAGGAGAGCAGAGGAGGUUGUGAGCAGAGUAGUGGGCCUCCUGACUGUGGAGAGUUGUCCCUGCGAGCCUGCCUCAAAGACAUCCAGACAUCUAACCCAACAUUUCCUGUCAGCAAAGUGUUUGAUAACCUGCUGAAAAAGGCUGAGCCAGAAGGAGAGAACAUGGAAAAGAGGAAGCAGGGUGGAAACAGUACUCAGAGGGUCCCCAAACGUUUCAAGUGCAAUGACACUAGCAAAGAAAACAGUCAUGUUCCCAGGUUAUUGAACCUGGAUGCUGUCAGUCCAGUGAAGACCAGAACCAGCAGACUGAGUCGCACUCGCAGGUUGAAGCAGCUUCGAAGCCUUGUGGAUGUUCAGGAGGACGACUCGAUAAGAACUACUCGCACUGAAUCAAGCAGUUGCUCAUUCAGGACCAGCCAAGAACCAGAAACAGAAAGCAGCUCUGAGGAUGUUCCAUGGACGGAGAAGUACAGCCCUCGCUGCAGCAGUGAAGUGAUUGGCAAUGAUGCAGCUGUCAGCAAACUAUAUAGUUGGUUUCAAAAAUGGAAGCAAAGAGCUGACCGUGAUGAAACGGGGGAAAGAGAGAGGAAGAAAAACCAUAGCGAUACUUGGGACAGUGGGGACUUCCAGGGUGCAGCUGGCGAUGAAGAGCUCAGAGAGAAGCCGCCUCAUAACUUGGUGUUAAUCUCAGGGCCUUCGGGUGUUGGCAAGACUGCAUCAGUGUACGCCUGUGCCUUUGAGCUUGGCUUCAAGGUGUUUGAGGUUAACAGCUCAUCUCAGCGCAACGGCCGUCAUGUUUUGGCGCAACUGAAAGAAGCAACGCAGUCGCACCUUGUGGAAACGUCGGACAGAGACCACCUGAAACCUUCUUACUUCAGCAGCUACAAAAACUGCCUCCUAAGGAGCGAUGAUCGUCCAGGAAAACCUGCAUCCACCCAAAAUAUGAUCCGCAGUGCAAAACGCCGCCCACCUCCGUCGUUUUCCCGUUCCAGUCGCAGAGACGCCUCCCUUGCUCCUAAAGCCACACUGACCGACUACUUUAAAGCAAAGGCCAAAGCUGAUCAGUUGUGCUUUGGACAAGUUGUCAUGAAUGACCAUGUUGGCGACACAGAAGCGGAAACUGACCGAAAGGAGAAGAAAAUAAAGGCCACUUCCCUGAUUCUGUUUGAAGAGGUCGAUGUCGUAUUUGAAGAUGAUGUUGGCUUCUAUGCAGCAAUCAAGACUUUCAUGUCGACGGCAAAAAGGCCGGUUGUCCUCAUCAGUGAUGAUCCUAAAUUCAAGGAGAGAUUCUGUUGCCACGUGGAAGAAAUACUUUUCAAGUCCCCAUCAGCUGCCCACAUCUGUAGCUACCUGCAGCUGGUGUGUUUAGCUGAGAGAGUGAGGCUGGAGUUGGACGAUGCCAUGAGCCUUGUGACACUGACCCGUGGAGACAUCCGGCGCUGCCUUCUUCAGUUGCAACUGUGGGCCAAAGGCUUGAAUAGCAAUGAACUGCCCAGUUUGGACUCCCAAAUCCUCCCACAGCGAGCCUCUUGUACAGCCAGCAUGGUGGGUCUGGCUCCUGUCACCAAAGACCACCUGUUGGAAAUACUUGAACGCUGGAGUGAGUCAGACAUGAAGGAGAUCCUGACGCUCCUCUCUGAGAGCUGGAGACGAGAGGUUCCUCUGCUGUACUCCAACCUGGACGUUCUCUUCCCCUCAAAGAACUAUUUAAAGCUGCUGGGCAGGGAGGCCUCUGCUGUGAAGGUGAAGCAGAGACUGAGCCGGAGAAGACCUGGACCAUCAUCCCGGUCAAGAACUACCUCAGAAUGUCUGGGCUUAGGCUCUCUUAGGAGGUCUGACAAAGCAUCCGUCGAUUGCUUGUCUGCAUUUACUGAUUUGUUUGAGCUGAUGUCAGAACUUGACGCCACUGUACCAGCAGUUCCAAUUUCAUGCCGGUCAGAGGAGUUUGUUUGGACUGGCUGCGAGAUAAAAGACGGCAUGUUGGAUGAGCUUGAUGGAGAGCUGGUCAGAAAGCAUCACCAGAGGACAACCCUUGAAAUUAAAGCUGCUGUUGAGGGUUUGGGCUUUCGUGGCUGCUGGGAUCGAGUGUGGAAGGAAGCCAGAAGGCACUGGCCAGAACAAGCAGACAGACAGUGGCGGAAAAGGAAGAGCUUGAGCUUCUGUCUUCAGCCUCUGUGUUCAGUGAGUGAGAGCCAAAGACGAUACAAGAUGAGCAGGACACUACUGAGCGGUGACAGCUUCGGCCUGUUGGGGAGCAGCAGCAGGUCGGCUGCCUGCGUCGACUGUGUGCCAUAUCUUCGUUUUAUGUGUCGCCUCAGGAGAUCUCAAACACCAGAUCAGCAAGAAAGCUGGAAGGAGUGCCUGUGCCUCAGCAGAAGAUCGGAUGGGAAGUUGAUCCGGGGAAACUUCUGCGUCACGGACUCCGUCAUCAGUUGCCUCACCGCCUGCGCUCCGCUGGUCCUCGAAUCUCCAACCAUCAGCCCAAAGUGACGGCCCACAGCAAUUCGCAUCAUGUUUAGAACUCUGAAGAAUCCAGAUGAGUCUCAGAAUCAUUGCCACAAUAUACUGCCAAAAUUCAAUGUUGACUGUUUUCAUCUCACCGAGGAGGAAUGUUGGACUCUGGCAGGGGAACCUUGGUUUCUAGCAGGGCAAACAGAAUGGCCUCCACUGCUCUCAGGUGAGCCAGGAUUGGGAACAGAGAUGUGUUUUGGGACGAGAUGGCGGAUUUCUCUAUUAUGUAGAAGUCGGCUGGAGGGAGGAGGGACACCACCGCUGACACCUGCAGACAAAAUCAGCACACGUCGGUCAAGCAUUGAGGUGUCUGACACUCACACAGGCUUACAUCUUGCAGGUACAGUGACGCCAUGUAGGUCCCUCUUAAGAAAUUGGGACAUUCAAGUUCUUGCCAGUCGAGCACCAUCAUGCCGCGGUCCACAUGCGCCCAUGCAAUUUUGUGAGUCCCACAAAUGAUGGACACAAUGGAGUUGGCGUCCUGAGGAAGCAAAAGCAGAACGUGGGUCAGAGAAGAACCUCUUAUGGGCAGUAACUCAAAAAACUGAGGCGCAAAUCCUGGAGUUGAACAGUGAGUUGAAGCGAUCUAUGCAAGAGUUUUUAUAGAAGUCUGUUCUGCUGAUCUUGUCAAGAGUUCCAAUUACAAUUGAAGGUCUGUUUAGAGGGACUAUAUUACGACAUAUGCUGUGGUGAGGUCAAUGUACCUGGCAGGUGAGAAAUACCAUCACCUCAAUAUAGUCAAAACACAAAGCAGAGAGCUCUCAGUUUAGAUUUAGACCACUGACUAAGCAGGGUAGCAGGACUCACCUCCAGCCAGGACCUGUCCACCUCCGGCCGAAUAAACUUGGCCAAUUGUAUUUUGACUUUCUUGGGUUUCUUCACAGGGUUUAGUAUUGAGUUAAAGACAGUGACUGCGCUUUUGUGCUUCAGCAGCGGCACGUUGACAACGCUCUCUAAAGUCUUAAAGGGUCCAUGCUGCGUCCUGUACUCAACAAUGUUGGCAGACUUGCGUCCUCUGAGAAGCUUGACACACUCCAUCUCUGAAGUUGUGGCGUUGUUGAGCAGCUUCAGGAUGGUGUCCCGUUGUUCUGGAGUGUAGUAAGCAUCCAGAGGAGAGCUGUUGUCUGCUCUGCAGGGCUCAGCUGAGGACGGCGCGAUGGAAUCAUUCAGUGUCUCAAAGCCAGCCACUGGCACGCGACUCCUCCAGCAAAAUGUGCACUGGAGAUAUCGAAGUUCUGGAUCAGGAAGGGAGGCAUGUCUCGGACGCCUAAACCAGCCAGUCUUUCCUGC